AUGUGCUCGAUUAUGCGAUGGAGACGCUUAAUGAAGCCCUAUUCUGCUCGCGAUUUGGCUCUUUCAUCUGCUGCUGAAUACCCAUUCUUUUCGCCAUUUAAGUGCGCUCUUUCUGGCAAGUAUAGUGGAGUGCAAUCACACCCACGAUUUGCCCUAUUCCCUCUCGAUUUGCUGGAAUUCCUGCACCGACUCGAAGCUCCUGUCCCAGUCAAUCUUGCCCUCGAAUAUGUCUGGUCUUCCUUGGAAUUCACACUUGCCCUGUCACACAAGCGCACACGGGGCAUUGCGACCUGGUGGGCAACGAGCCGAGAUCAUACGCUGCCGGUUUAUGGUUCGAGUCCCACUGGGGGUUCUGAUGAGACCAUUUCAGGCGCUGUCGAGACUGCAGUCAAGUCUGGAUGCUUCACCGAGCAGAAGCGCUGGGAUCUGAGUCCCAAGCUUGCAGAUCUGAGAAAGUGUCUUCUCAGCCCAUCUCUUUGA